CCCGCGGCGCCCGCCCGAGGGAGCCUCGGCGCCCGGGGAAGGGAGAAGUGGGCGAGCGCGCCCUCGCCCAGCCCCGCGCCCCAGCCCUGCCCGGCGAGCAAGGACCGGGAAGAUGAACAACGGCGGCAAAGCCGAGAAGGAGAACACCCCGAACGAGGCCAACCUUCAGGAGGAAGAGGUCCGGACACUAUUUGUCAGUGGUCUCCCUCUGGAUAUCAAACCUCGGGAGCUCUAUCUGCUUUUCAGACCAUUUAAGGGCUACGAGGGUUCUCUUAUAAAGCUCACAUCGAAGCAGCCCGUAGGUUUUGUCAGUUUUGACAGUCGCUCAGAAGCAGAAGCUGCAAAGAAUGCUUUGAAUGGCAUCCGCUUCGAUCCUGAAAUUCCGCAAACACUACGACUAGAGUUUGCUAAGGCAAACACGAAGAUGGCCAAGAACAAACUAGUAGGGACUCCAAACCCCAGUACUCCUCUGCCCAACACUGUACCUCAGUUCAUUGCCAGAGAGCCAUAUGCGCUGGCUCCCUCCCUCCGAGGCUACUUCUCAGGGCUGGAAGUCCCGUCAGUUCUGCUGAAUGCUACGCUUGAACGAACCUUGCCCAGUUUUGAUCCCUUCAAGACUUUGCCACAGCCUCUAUCACACAUCUGUUUUUCUCGAAGAAAAAAAUAUAAUAAAACUGUUUUACUCUUUUACACUGUAUAAUUUUAAGAAAUAGUGUGUUAUUUGUGAACGCAUGGCCUGACCUUUCUGUACAGUUCGGAGAUAUUUUCAAACGAAACAUAAAAUAUAUCAAUAAAACCAAGAGAGUGAGUAUUUUUAUACUAAACAUUUUAAGUAUGAGAGAGGGGUGAUCUUACACUGGGUUGGAUCAGUUUUUUGUGCUUGACUUUUGAAUGCUUGUAAUUAAAAAUAUCAAUUUUUUUCCUCCAA